AUGUCGGAGCGAACUCCGUUUGAAAAUAAUUUUGACGACCUCCUGCACAAGCCUACGAGCAAUACCAUAUCGGAGACGUUGAGCAACGUAGACGUCUCAAAUCCGUUUCGUGAUGUCAUCUCACCUUUGAUCGCGCCAACAAGUUCCUCCAGCGAUCAGGACGUAGAUGACUUACUAGGAAGGUCUUUCUUCACCUCGAAUGAGGAAAAAUCCGAAGAAAAGGAACAUGAAGUUGGGGACGUGUUGUUCGCUAGGGGUAUGGAGAGCAGCUUCUCAAUUCCCUCGGAGAGUCAGUUCCACGAGAGAAUCAGUAACAGCGACGAGUCUUCCUUUGAGGAGGAGAGAAUUAUCAUAGGAGAUUCUCACGAAAAACCAAGAUUAACAAACUCUGAACUUAAUUUCGAUCAGUCAGAUUUUCAAGAUGGCGACAUGCCGUUAUUCCAAAUCACCGUCGAGGAUCCACAAAAGAUAGGGGAUCCCAUCAACGCGCAUAUUAUAUACAAAGUCCGGACGAGGACGACGUCCAAUUCUUUUAAAAGCAGGGACUUCACCGUCUUGCGACGUUACCGUGAUUUUCUGUGGCUUUAUAAUCAAUUGACGAAUGGUAAUCCAGGGGUCAUCGUUCCCCCUGUACCGGGUAAACACGCCAUUGGUCGUUUCCAAGACGAAUUCGUGGAGAGCCGUCGUCAAGCCCUGGAAAGAUGUUUGAAUAAAAUCACGACCCAUCCGAUGUUGUACAAAGAUCCUAAUUUGAUGAUGUUUUUGGAGUCGGAUAGAUUCGUCAUUGAUGUUAAACGAAAAAAUAAGGGUGAAUCCAAAGGCGUAUUAAAAUCAUUGGGCGAGGUCGUUUCCAAUGCCACAACUUUCAACAAAUUUGUAGAGACGGAUGAGUGGUUUGAAAAUCGCAAGAACCAACUGGACAUCUUGGACUCACAAUUGAAAACAUUGAUGAAAUCCGUUGAGGCCAUUGUUAGGCAACGUAAAGAUUUGGGUUUUGCUACCGCCGAAUUUGGCGAUAACCUAUUAUCCCUUGCCAACGCCGAAAACAACAAAUCUUUAGCGCGUAAUUUAACUCUAUUGGGAAAUUUACAGCAGAAAAUCAAAGAAUUGCAGGAGAAGCAGGUGCAACAAGAUGUCGCAACAUUGGAAAAUACUAUUGACGAGUAUAUCCGACUAAUUGGGUCAAUUAAAGUUGCGUUCAAUUCACGCGAAAAAGUUUACCAAGCGUGGCAAAAUGCCAUCUAUGAAUUGCAGAAGAAAAAGAUCAAUUAUGAAAGGUCAAAGGUUCAAGGUCGACUUUCACACGACAAACUCUCGAUCGCAUUGGCACAGAUCGCCGAGUCCGAAAAUCGAGCGGAAGAAUGCAAGGGGGAAUUCGAAGAAGUCUCGAAACUUAUCAAGGUCGAAAUAGAUCGCUUUGAUAAAGAAAAAGUGGAGGACUUCAAAAACAGUGUCGAAGCGUUCUUGGAAUCGCUGAUGGAAACACAAAAGGAGGUAAUAAGUUUGUGGGAAUCUUAUUUUCUUCAGAUCGAGUCGCAACCGGAUGUCGCUCCCGAGGACGGAGCCAUCACCACGACAUCCUGA